CCGCCCCCCUCCCGGACACGCAGGAAGUCUCGCGAUGGAGGGAGGAGGCGGUGCACCCCCAGCAGUCCUUGAAGAAAACGAGUCACGAUGUGUCCCAGCUGCAAGUUGCGGAGCCGACGGUUCAAAGAGAAGCAGUUGGGGGUUCUUAUUUACCGGGAUUGUGGGCGGGACGCUGGUGGCCGUGUACGCCGUGGCCACACCAUUUCUAACGCCAGCCCUCCGAAAAAUUUGUCUGCCUUUUGUACCUGCAACUACGAAGCAGAUUGAAAAUGUUGUGAAAAUGUUGCACUGCAGAACAGGAUCCCUGGUCGACAUUGGCAGUGGCGACGGGCGUAUUGUGAUAGCAGCUGCAAAAGCAGGAUUCAGAGCCGUUGGUUAUGAAUUAAACCCAUGGCUGGUUUGGUACUCCAGAUACCGUGCUUGGAGAGAAGGGGUGCAGGACUCCGCCCAGUUUUAUAUUUCAGACUUAUGGAAGACAGGUGCAUGUCCGACGUCCCAUGUUCCUGCUGAGCCCAUUCGGCGUAUGGUGGAGCAGGGGAGGACGUGUGCAUCAGGGCACAGGUGGCUGAGGCCAACCACACGGCCACCAACUGGUCCCUGGACGAGUCACUGGAAUUUCGGACAGAUGACCCCUGGUUACUUUCUCGCAGUACUCGAACAUCAUUGUUUUCGGAGUGCCUCAGAUGGAAUUUAUUAUUGUUGAUUUCAUGCAAGUAUCCUAGUGUGGCAGUGAGACGUAAACACCGGGAUUGAGAAGCGUGGACGUGGGCAGGACACUCUGCUACAUAAGAAGACAUUGCUUACCCACAGGGUGCCGGGAAAACUGAGCAGGUCUGGGGGGGACUCAGCCCUGUGGGCAGCCCAGGAAGUGGAAAGACCAUUCUCCACAGUGUCUCCGGCCUGGGGGCAUGGAGGCCUCAUCCACAGGCCCCGGCCAAGGACGUCAUCGUGUCACAUCGAGGAGGUGUAUUGCUUGACUGAAUCCACCAUACAGGUCAGCAGAGGGCUGACCAGUCUGGGCACCUUGAACAGGAUGUGGGGACUGGCUGUGUGUGGGGAGGUCUUGGGGUUCCCUCGCAGCUGCAGUAACCCUGUCACAGCCCAUUCCUUGCCUGUGUGAGGCCUCUAUGGGGCUCGCGCUGUAACUACUUCCCUGGGGCCUUCACGACUGUGGUUCUUGGGAACAGGGACGUGGGUGCCUCACCAUCCUUGGGGCUGGGGCGCCUGCAGUCCCCUUGGCUCACAGCAAGUGCUCAAUAAAUGCUCACAGGAGAAGGACCUGGAGAGCAGUCCGGCAAGACAAAGAAAUUAAAGACCUCCAAAUGGUAAAGCAAUAAAACCAUCACUAUUUGCAGAUGACAUGAGAUAGAAAACCCUAUGAUUCCACCAAAAAACUGUUGGAACAGAUAAACAAAUUUCCUAAAGUUGUAGGAUAUAGAGUCAAUACGCAGAAUUAAAAAAAAAAAAAAAAAGAAAGAAUGAUUGGACAAACCGAACUCUUUUGCAGGGCUAUGUCUCUGGCUGGUGUUUAGGACGUUGGGUCCUGUGGACCGGGAGGCAGGGCUGGGGACUCAGGGCCGGCUGGCUAGAGAGUGCGGGAGGACGGGAGUGGCCGUCGCACAGGCAGGUGGUCAGAGCGGAGCCAGGCUGUGCGGUCCUGCAGGAACUGGGCUGGAAGCUUAGCUCCGCUGAACGGCAGCUCCAGCCUCCUAGUUCCUGGUAG